AUGCGAGCAAAACGUCCCUCUAAAUCCUACAAAAUGCUCCCUGUAAUCCCCGAGGACAGCAACCCCACCCAAGGCGUGCCGACAAACCGCAUGACCGAGGUACUCACAGCCCGUUUGUUGAGCCUCGCGUCGCUGCGAGCUUCGACACCGACGCCAACGGAGGAAAAGGAGUUGGAGCGGAGACAGCGGAAUGUGAAGCGCAAUUUGGCCAAAUUCAUGAGGGAUGAGCAGAAGUUAGAGGAUAGGAGAAUGAGAAGGAGAAAGGCGAGGAACAUGUGGGAGAGGGCGGGCCUGGGGAGUUGCUGGGUUUGA